CAUCGCGGCGCACGGGACCUCGCGCUGCCCGCGCCCGCUCCCCGGCCUCAGGACGUGCUACAGGACGCGCCGCGCGCAAAAAACGCGACGCGUAUUGGUGCGCGGGAGCGGCAGCACGAUGAACCGGGGCCCAAUGACUGCCCGACGCUUGGCGCUGCUGCUCUGCGCCGCCCUGGCCGACGACGCGACGGUCUCCGUCCUCCUCGACAUCAAUGGGGCGAAGCAGCCUUUGGUCAUCCCAACCAGCGGCGCCGUCGACGCGACGGUGGCCGAAUUCGCGGCCAGGCACCAGCUCGACGGUGGCAUGGGCUGCGCGGACCGCGCCUGCGUCGAGAACGCAUUGAGAAGGCGCGCCAACGAGGCGGUGGCCGACGCGCGAUUACCAAGGGCGCGCUGCCGCAACGAGCCUUGUGGUAGUGUCGCCACCGCACUAGACGCGCACGGCUCGAACAAGUGCGUGAACGGUCUCGGGAGCUUGUACGACGUGUUGUUACCCCCGUCGGUGCGGGAGCGGGCCACCGCUAUUCUAGAAGUGGGCGUUGGCUCGCUCGACGACGCGCAACCGUCGUCGAUGGCGCGCGAAGUGUCGGAAGGUCGUCUUCGGACGGACGCGGACGUCGAACUGUAUGCUGAGAGGGAGCGGCGGCCCAAACCGGAAGGCGUCCGGUGCGUCGCCGAGUACUGCGUCGGGGCUUCGUUACGAGCCUGGGCCGAGCUCUUCCCGAACGCGACGAUAACGGGAUUGGACCCGGCCGACGACGCGGCGGCGCUGAACGGGUUACAUGAGCGCAUUCGGGUCAUAACGUGCGACUCGCGCGACGACUCUUGUGUGGCGAAGUUGGGUUCGUAUGAUUUCAUCGUCGACGACGGGCACCACUCGCUCGACGCCCAGCGUCGCACACUAAAGACGCUCUGGCCCUUCGUAAAGCCGGGCGGCUUGUAUGUUAUUGAGGACGUCGCCGACUGGGGCGAGCGGCUCGUCGCGGACCGGGCCUACCUAUCAAAAAUCGUCGGACGGGAGACGCCGUACUUCUUCCUCGAGGCGCUGCGGUCGCAGACGGCGACGUCGUCCUGGCCCGGUGUACCAAAGAUGGGGGCUCUGGUUUUUAGGCGGCCCGAGUAGUGUUGUAUG